AAAUGUGGCACCUCGGAAGUAUGUUCCUGUUGUUUUUACAGAUGUGACCUGCUAAUGUUUUUCUUUGUUUUGUAUGCUAACAAUCUAAGCUCAUGGCGUCAACUGGACCAUCUCUUUAUUCACAGGCUGGUCAGUCAACAGACCUGACACGGAGCACAGAGGAGGACUCGUUGGUGGACGGACCGUUGAUCUCUGCUGAUGUCCUCCAGUCAGCCAUUAGGAGGGAGUUUCAAUCUGUACCAACAACCUGUUCUUCUGGAGUCCUGUCUUUAAUGCAUGUUCUGUAUGUGGUGUUGUCAUUAUGUGUGGGUAUAAUGUGCGUGUUAAAAUUUGGCAAAGAGGAGGUGUGCUUGCAUAUUUUGGGCAGCGUGAAAGGCGACUGCGCCAUCGUGUUUGGAAAGGUGUUUUUGUGGGCGCUGACGCUGCUGCACAGCCUCUGGAUGCAGCAUCACCACAGCCGCGCCCGCAGCCGAGGGUACCUGAGGUUUUACAGACAGACGCGGAGGCUCCAGCAGCUGCCGCUCAUCACACACUCCACUGGUAAUGUUUUCCUGCUGCUGCUUCUGGCUCUGAAGUUACCACUGAUUAUACACACCUCUUUGCUGCUGAGCAUUCUGGGAGUUGAGGUUUUGGUCGCAGUCCCCUGCCUCCUUUACUACACAGUCAAGGUGAUGCAGUUCAACAGAGAGCGAGCUGCGCCGGACGUGAGCCAAGAGGAACACUCGCACACCUACACUGUAACAAGCUUGGCCACUGAGACCGGCUUCAGAGGCUCAAAUAGUCUUGAGGAGGUGGUGGAGAAGCAGGCUGACCUGAUAGAGUACCUGAAACAGCACAACGCAUUGCUGAGCAAGAGGCUGCUCAACCUGACUGCUCAACACUAAGCUCACUCCUGCCUUUGCCUUUCAUGUCAGCCAGCUGAUGAAAGCCUCCAACACUCAGGAGAAAGAUCAGUUUACUGCUCCAGUGGAAGACAUGAGCAAAUGCACCUGUUUACGCAGACUGAGCCGGCUCCGCAAUGGCCUCCACACCUGAGAUGGAGGAGGUGGUAGCUGAGACUGGAGGAGAUUGUGAAGAGAAUGGGAGGUAAAAGGGAGGAGGUGGAGUCAUGGGUCACAGAUCAGAGGUGACAGGGUUUUUAUCACUGUGCUACAAGCUUCACUGACCCAUGUAUGCUUUAGCUUUGGUUCCUCUGAGAGAAAAAGAGCAGUAAAAUCAACUGAACAAAGGACAGAGGGGUUAUCAUUUAUCUGGGUCAAGCAAGUGGGGUUAAUGUCCUGUUUUAUCAGAUUGUUUCUUACCCAUUCAUUCUGUUUCAAUAAAAUACUGAUUUUCUUAUUCAUUUAGUCUUAACAUGAACAUUUAUAUCAUUACAAUCUCAAGUACCAUGUUUUGAUUUGCUGCUGUGGUUCAUGUACUCUUUGUUAAAUUCCCCUCAUUGAGGCAGCCACUAGAAGCCGUGGAGUUUGCUCCCUGUUGUUCUUGUGAUUCUGGCGUCCGUAACCCAACAGGGAGCUCGGCCUUUACGACUCUGUUCCCAUGCUGCUCCAGCACAGAUAGAAAUGCAAAUAUCUUACAGGUGUUUAGUGCUUUUAUUAGAUAAAAUAACAACUUUAAAAUGCAGGCCUUUACCUUUUAAUAUUUUAUGUUUAGUUGCCAUGUUCAGUGCCUCUGAGUUGUUUCCAUACUGUUUAAAACUGUUCAGAAUUUCACUUGAUAAAAUCAGAAACUUAAUUGUAGGUUAACAGGAUUUUAUGUGAUAAAUGCUAUAUGUGAAGAUUUGUAAAGUUGAGAGAUAAUUAUGGGUUUUCCUAUUUAAUUACUUUCUUAAUAAAAAUCUGAAAAGGGUAGCAUGUAAAAGUAUUCGUCCCUCUUUAUUUUAUCACACUCAAAAUAAUAAUAGUGCAAUUAACUACCCUCAGAAAGUGUUGUAAAUAAAAAACCAGCACCUCUUUGUAACAUGUUCUCAGGAUAAAUCUUCAACCUCUCUUCAACCUUCAAUGCUCUUUAGAAACAUUAGAGGUUGAAGAUUCUUUCCCCAGCUUCUAUUGCCAUUACACAGCCCAAGGAAAUGAACUUUCUGCAUUUAACCCAUCCCCUUGGGGAGCAGUGGGCUGCCAUUGUGCGGUGCCCUGGGAGCAGUGUGGGGUUAAGGGUCUUGCUCAGGGAAAUAUUGUGAAAAGCUAUCAACGAAGAUCAUCCUAAAUAAAACAUGAAACACGGUGAUGGCAGCAUCAUGGUGUGGGAUUUGUUUUUUUUAUACAGAAGAAUGUAAGAAAAAGCUGCUGCAGCAAUUAGAAGACUUUAGAAUCAGAUGAGAUUCAUUUUCCAGGAGUAAAGUGAGAGCUAUAGUGCAAUCAUUUACAUCAAGAGAUAUUACUGUGUUUAAAUGGUGCAGUCUAGGUCCAAGCCUAAAUCCAAUUGGGAAUCUCUGAAAAUUGAUGUUCACAAAGCUUUCUACCUAAUAUGAAUAAGUUUAUGUUCAUUUGUAAGAAAAAUUUGUAAAUAUAUCAGUCAAGAUGUGCAAAAUGGUAGAGACAUUCCUCUACAUCUCUAAUUAAAAAUAAAGUUGGUCAUUUUAG